AAAACAAAACAAAAAUUUUUGGGUUGGAAUUCUUGUAGCGCAGAAUUCUAUUCUAUGUAUUUGGGGUUGGCCCGUAAACUUGUAAAUAAUAAUACCAACUGUCGUUCCUCAUUGCCUAAGAAAUACACAGAAAGAAGGUAAAGGCGGACGACAAACAUGACAGAAACAAACCCAAGGCGACUAAGAGGUCACAACUCCACUGCCACCUCCUGCAUCGCCUCACGUCUGAGCCCUGGCCUUGUCCUCACUACCGGCGAGGAUGGUCGUGUGUGCUGGUUUGAUAUGCGGUGCAAAGAUGUGGUGAACACCAUGGAAGUGGGGAACGAAGCGAUUUCAUCCAUUUGUUUUAAGUCUGGAAAUGAAAACAUCAUUUAUGUUUCCUCGGGAAGUGAAGUAAAGAGCUUUGAUGUCCAUCUGGCCUCCUCUUGGAAGCCGUUGGAGACUUAUGAAUAUAAUAAGGAUGAGAUAAAUCAGAUUGCUUGCAACUUCAAGUCUUCUUUUCUUGCAGCUGCAGAUGAUGGUGGCGAUGUCAAGAUCAUAGACAUUAGCCAGAAAUGUCUCUAUAAAACAUUGAGAGCUGGCCAUACAAGUAUCUGUAGCAGUGUACAAUUCCUUUCAUGGAGACCCUGGGAAGUUAUUAGUGGAGGUCUUGAUUCUAAACUUGUGAUGUGGGACUUUUCCAAAGGGCGACCCUACAAAAUUGUGGAUUUUAGUCUACAUGAUGGAAGCAAUGGUGGUAGUGGAGGCCAAUGCUUUAAUCCGGCUUUCAUUCAUGCAAUAGCGGUUCCAGAUAUUGAUAUGUUAAACAUAACUGGAAAGAUUUGUGUGGUUGCAAGGGGUGAUGGAGCUGUAGAUGUUAUUAACAUUGAAACAGAACUUGCUGCUAUCAAGUCAAGAUCUUCUAAAAUAUCCCAUAAAGGAUCUCAAUCUAGAUCUACGAACAGAGGCUUGAAAGAUGUGGAGAACACAGAACAAAAUGGAAGACCAAGGCUACAUUUGGAUUACACCCUGGGAGGUCAUACUUCUGCAGUGUCUUGUGUGUCAUUUUCCCUUUUUGGUGAGAAAGGAAAAUUCCUUAUUUCAGGUGGAAAUGAUAAGUCGAUUAAAGUUUGGGAUUGGUCUAGAUAUUUUGAUACUGAGCAAACUAGUAGUUGCAGCAGUGAUAUUUUACAGUCCACCAUUAGCCUAAGCAAAAAAGUAAAUUGGCUCUGCACCACUCCAACCGAAUCGGAAAACGUCAUCGUUUGUGACACAACCAAGGUGGUAAAGGUCUAUUCUGUUUCCAAUAGUAUGGUCUCAGCUAAGCAGGUUAGGGAGUUGGUUUCUUUCUUCUUCCAUGGAAAGAUGACAAGCAAUCUCUCUCUCUUUCUCUACCUUGAAAUAUUUGCGGGAAUUGGAAGGAAGGUUUCGGUUGAGGAGACUACAUCUUCAAGACUUCAACCAACAAACCUUACAGACAAAGCCAUUGCGGGAAUUGCAAGGAAUGUUUCGGUUGAGGAGAUUACAUCUUCAACCAACAGACAGACCAAAGAUUUUUCCUCCUCAACCAAUUUUUGCAUAAUCACCAAUAUUAAGAGAGAGAGAGCUUUGGGGGAGCCAAAGGAACCUGAAAUAAAAAUGAUGCAAUCUGGGAUUCCUGUUUGUAACACUUGUGGUGAACAGCUAGGGGUUGAUGCAAAUGGUGAAGUGUUUGUGGCUUGUCAUGAGUGCAAUUUUCCCAUGUGCAAGGAUUGUCUCAGUUAUGAGAUCAAAGAGGGCCGUAAAGCCUGCUUGCGAUGUUCUACUCCCUAUGCUGACGAUUCACCAGCUGAUGACGAUACAAAAUUAUCUGGAAAUCGAUCAACGAUAACAUCUCACCAAGAAGAACCAAAGGAUACUGGACUUCAUGCAAGACAUAUAAGCAGUGUGUCAACAGUGGAUAGUGAAAUGAAUGACGAAUUCGGAAAUCCAAUUUGGAAGAACAGAGUAGAAAGUUGGAAGGAUAAAAAGAGCAAAAAGAAAAAGAAUGCAACCAAGGCUGAAAAAGAGGAGAUUCAAGUUCCACCUCACGAGCAACAGAUGGAUGAUCAUCAACAAUUGCCUCCAGAAGCUCCACAAGCGCUAUCAACUAUAAUUCCAGUUGAAUCUAGUAAACUUACACCCUACAGGGUUGUGAUAAUCAUGCGGUUGAUCAUCUUAAUUCUCUUUUUCCAUUAUCGAGUAACACAUCCUGUUGACAGUGCCUAUGGGCUAUGGAUGACAUCAGUUAUCUGCGAGAUUUGGUUUGCUGUUUCUUGGGUUUUGGAUCAAUUUCCUAAAUGGUCUCCAAUUAACCGGGAGACCUAUAUUGAUGUCCUAUCUGCAAGGUAUGAAAGAGAGGGUGAACCAUCUGGGCUUGCUGCUGUAGAUUUUUUCGUGAGUACAGUCGAUCCACUCAAAGAACCGCCACUAAUCACAGCCAACACUGUUCUUUCCAUUCUGGCUGUUGACUAUCCUGUUGAUAAGGUUUCCUGUUAUGUGUCUGAUGAUGGUGCAGCCAUGCUCACCUUUGAAUCUCUAGCUGAAACAGCUGACUUUGCAAGAAAAUGGGUUCCCUUCUGCAAGAAAUUUUCAAUAGAACCUCGAGCUCCCGAGUUUUACUUCUCUCAAAAAAUUGAUUACUUGAAAGAUAAAGUGCAACCUUCUUUUGUAAAAGAACGUCGAGCAAUGAAAAGAGAUUAUGAAGAGUACAAAGUGAGAAUUAAUGCCUUAGUAGCAAAAGCUCAAAAGACACCAGAUGAUGGCUGGACUAUGCAAGAUGGAACGCCAUGGCCUGGGAACAACUCACGUGAUCAUCCUGGCAUGAUUCAGGUGUUUCUUGGCAAUACAGGUGCCCAAGACAUCGAGGGAAAUGAACUCCCUAGGUUAGUUUAUGUCUCCAGAGAAAAGAGACCCGGUUACCAACACCACAAGAAAGCUGGUGCUGAAAAUGCUCUGGUUCGAGUCUCGGCAGUUCUAACUAAUGCUCCAUACAUUCUUAACCUUGAUUGUGAUCAUUAUGUUAACAAUAGUAAGGCUGUUCGUGAAGCAAUGUGUUUCAUGAUGGACCCUGAGGUUGGACCAGGUGUAUGCUUUGUGCAGUUCCCUCAACGGUUUGAUGGUAUUGAUCGCAGUGAUCGAUAUGCCAAUAGAAACACCGUUUUCUUUGACGUUAACAUGAAAGGUUUAGAUGGUAUUCAAGGACCAGUCUAUGUGGGAACAGGUUGUUGUUUUAAUAGACAAGCACUUUAUGGAUACAGUCCUUCUUCUAUUCCAACCCUACCAAAACCUUCUUCAUCAUGCUCAUGGUGUGGAUGUUGCUCAUGUUGUUGUCCAACAAAGAAGCCCUCCAAAAGUAUUUCAGAGGCUUAUAGAGAUGCAAAACGUGAAGAGCUUGAUGCAGCCAUUUUUAACCUCAAGGAGAUAGAUAAUUAUGAUGAGCAGGAGAGGUCAAUGCUGAUAUCCCAGAUGAGCUUUGAGAAAACUUUUGGCUUGUCAUCUGUCUUUAUUGAAUCUACACUAAUGGAGAAUGGAGGAGUGCCCGAUUCUGUUAACCCUUCGACAUUAAUCAAGGAGGCAAUUCAUGUCAUUAGUUGUGGCUAUGAGGAGAAAACAGAAUGGGGAAGAGAAAUUGGUUGGAUAUAUGGGUCAAUUACAGAGGAUAUCUUAACAGGUUUCAAGAUGCAGUGUCGUGGAUGGAGAUCAAUCUACUGCAUGCCCAUAAGGCCAGCAUUCAAGGGGUCAGCACCAAUCAACUUGUCUGAUCGGUUGCACCAAGUUCUUCGUUGGGCCCUUGGAUCAGUGGAGAUAUUCUUUAGUAGACAUUGUCCACUUUGGUAUGGUUUUGCAGGGGGUCGUCUUAGGUUGCUCCAACGUUUUGCUUAUAUUAAUACCAUUGUCUAUCCUUUCACAUCCUUCCCUCUCGUUGCUUAUUGCUUAAUCCCCGCCAUUUGCCUUCUCACUGGAAAAUUCAUCAUACCAACGCUCUCAAACUUGGCAAGUCUUCUCUUCCUUUGCCUUUUCUUCUCCAUCAUCUCAACUAGUGUACUUGAACUCCGAUGGAGUGGUGUAACCAUCGAAGAGUUAUGGAGAAACGAGCAGUUUUGGGUCAUUGGAGGAGUCUCAGCUCAUCUUUUUGCCGUUUUCCAAGGCUUUCUCAAAAUGUUGGCUGGUUUGGACACCAACUUUACAGUCACAACAAAAUCUGCUGACGAUUCAGAGUUUGGAGAACUCUACAUCAUCAAAUGGACAACCCUUUUGAUCCCUCCAACAACACUUCUCAUUGUUAACUUGGUUGGUGUUGUUGCAGGCUUCUCUGAUGCCUUGAACAAAGGGUACGAGGCUUGGGGACCACUUUUCGGCAAGGUUUUCUUUGCCUUUUGGGUGAUCCUUCAUCUCUAUCCAUUCCUCAAGGGUCUCAUGGGACGCCAAAACAGGACACCAACCAUUGUUGUGCUCUGGUCUGUGCUUUUGGCCUCUGUUUUCUCUCUUGUCUGGGUUAAGAUUAACCCCUUUGUCAGCAAAGUGGAUGGUACCACAAUUGCACAAAGUUGCAUUUCUAUAGAUUGUUAAUUGGAACUAUAGCUACGAGAGUGUUUUCCCAUAGUUUUUAUCACUCAUCAUUUUUUUAGUAUAGAAUAAUUUGUGAUGAUUCAAUCUCUUUUGUAUUGGUUUUGGAGCUAUGAUUAAUUUGUAAAUGUUGAAAGAGAUUUUACAUGUGAGAAUUGUUAUUGUAAAAAUGAUGGGGUUGAUUCUUUAUUAUAUAUUGAGUAUGAUGAAAAAGAAGAAUUAUGACA